AUGGCCUCGUUCACAGUUGGCGAUUAUCUCGCCGAGAGGCUCGCCCAGAUCGGCAUCCGCCAUCACUUCAUCGUGCCUGGGGACUACAACCUCAUCCUCCUAGACAAGCUGGAUGCGCACCCACUCUUGACCGAGAUUGGCUGCGCAAACGAGCUCAACUGCUCUCUAGCAGCCGAGGGCUAUGCCCGUGCCCAAGGCGUCGCCGCAUGCAUCGUCACAUACAGCGUGGGUGCCUUCUCGGCCUUCAAUGGCAUCGGGAGCGCUUAUGCAGAGAACCUGCCUGUCAUCUUCGUCAGCGGAGCUCCCAACACCAACGACGUGGGCCGUCGCCUCCUCCACCACACGCUGGGGGAGUACGAUGUGGGUUACCAGCUGGAAAUGGCCAAGGCCAUCACCUGCAGCGCCAUAGCCGUGCGCACUGCUGCUCAGGCGCCCGAGGCCAUUGACCGCACCAUACGGAUGGCCCUCUUGAAGCGGAAGCCGGCGUAUCUCGAACUGCCCACAAACCUAUCCGGAGAGCCCUGUGCCCGGGCCGGCCCUGUCAGUGCCAUCCUUGAGCCGACGCCGAGCGACGGGCCGACUGUGGAUGCGGCCAUAGCCAAGGCAUCCGAGCAUCUGGCCACGGUGAAGAAGCCCGUCAUUCUCGUCGGACCCAAGGUGCGAAGAGCCGGCGCCGAGAAGGAGCUGCUCUCCCUGGCAGAGGCUAUCGGGUGUGCCGUCGUUGUCCAGCCAGCAGCGAAGGGCUCGUUCCCUGAGGACCAUCCCCAGUUUGCGGGCACAUUCUGGGGCCAGGUCAGCACGCUCGCGGCCGACGCUAUAGUCAACUGGGCAGACAUGCUCAUAUGCGUCGGCACCGUCUUCACCGACUACAGCACCGUCGGAUGGACGGCUCUGCCCAGCGUCCCGCAACUGAUAACUGAUAUCGACAGCGCAUCCACAACUGACCCGGUUUCCUACUUCAGCCGUGUCAGAAUGUGUGACUUUUUGUCUAGGCUGGCCGAGGUGGUUAGACGGAACGACUGCACCAUGGCAGAGUAUAACCGGCUGCGCCCUGACUCACCCUUGACGUAUCGGCCCAACGGACAUGGCAAACUCACUAGGAGGGAGCUCGAGAAGCAGACUCAGACCCUCCUGACACCGAAUACGACAGUCUUUGCUGACACCGGUGACUCAUGGUUCAAUGGCAUCCAGUUACGCCUCCCGACGGGGACAGACUUUGAGAUUGAGAUGCAAUGGGGCCACAUAGGCUGGACUAUUCCCGCAUCGUUUGGCUACGCUGUGGCGAAGCCCGAAAGGAGAAUCGUGGUCAUGGUCGGCGACGGCGCCUUUCAGAUGACAGUCCAGGAGGUCUCGCAGAUGGUGCGGUUCCGCAUGCCCAUCAUUAUGCUCCUGAUGAACAACAGAGGCUACACGAUCGAGGUUGAGAUCCACGAUGGGCUAUACAACCGACUCCAGAACUGGGACUAUGCGCGCAUGAUACAGGCGUUCAACUCUAGCGAGGGCGGGGGGCGAGCUCUUGGUCUCAAGGCCCAGACCAUCGAGGAGCUGUCUUGA